CAGGUAACCUCAACAAAAAGUAAGAACGCAUGUUACUAGGUUGUUUACUUUCGGAGGGCGGGCGAAAACCUCACCCGACAAGAGACAAAAGAAUCCAUUAGAAUCCGCGCCAUCCGUUCCUCAAAGAUAUUUCCAACAGACACACUGCUUGGAGAUUGUUACUUAAUCGACCGGAAGUAAACAGGUGACAAUACAAAACACCCGGCCUAGUGUUCGCUCUGUUCGUACAAUACCUGCCAUGAAAAAAACCUCACGUAAAUCGCCGCCUAUAGUAAGAGAUGCUUCUUAUAUGGCUGUAUAGCAUUCAUGUGAUGUCUUACCUUGCAAGCGCUGACUCUCAAGAGAAUAACCAAUGGUUCCAAGCGGGCGUCGACCUCAUCAAAGCCAACCUGAAAGUGCGCGAAAACCGGAACACAGCAAAGAAUGCGAUCAUGUUCCUGGGAGAUGGCAUGGGAAUUAGUACGGUUACCGCGGCGCGUAUCCUCGAGGGUCAGAUGAGAGGGGAGACUGGGGAGGAGAAUUGGCUGAGCUUUGAGAAGUUUCCAUGGACGGCUCUGUCUAAGACGUAUAACACAGACCAACAAGUGGCCGACUCCGCUGGAACUGCUACGGCCUACUUGAACGGAGUCAAAGCACGUGCUGGGACCAUUGGAGUAGAUGAGACGGUCGUUCGAGGCCUUUGCAAGACAAUGACUGAAAAGGCCAAGGUCAAAUCCAUCAUUACGCUCGCAGAAGAAGCUGGGAUGUCCACGGGUUUCGUGACGACCACGCGUGUGACCCACGCGUCGCCCGCGGUGCUGUACGCGCACUCACCUGACCGGGACUGGAGCAGUGAUUACUACAAAAGGCGAUACGCAACCAAGGGUGACAACAACACCGCCUGCAAAGACAUAGCCCUUCAACUGUCUGAGUACUCUCACGGUGAUGGCAUUGACGUCAUCUUUGGCGGAGGACGACGGGAUUUCAUGCCCAACAACGAGACCGACCCGGAAUACCCCACGGAGAAGGGGUAUCGGGGCGACGGGCGAAACCUGAUCGACGAGUGGAUUUUGCGACACCAAGACGCGGUCUACCUGUGGAAUAAGACGGACUUUGACGCGCUGGAUGUUACACGUGUCAAACAAGUGAUGGGUCUUUUCGAGCCCAGCCACAUGCAGUACGAAGUAGACAGAAAGAAUGAUACGGGUGGGGAACCAUCUAUAGCCGAGAUGACCGAGAAGGCGAUCCGGAUCCUAAGUCGGAACCCUAAGGGCUACUUCCUGUUCGUAGAAGGUGGCAGAAUAGAUCAUGGCCACCAUGCAGCAAAAGCUGUCCGGGCAUUGACGGAUGCCAUUGCCAUGGCAGAAGCAGUCAAGAAGGCGACGGAUAUCACAAAUAAAGACGACACCCUUAUAUUGACGACCGCUGACCACAGUCACACAUUCACCAUAAGUGGUUACCCGAAGCGAGGCAAUCCCAUAUUUGGACUUGUGGUCGAUAUCUACAAUAGGACAGUGGUAGCGUCUAGUGACAAGUUACCUUACACGACCCUCGGAUAUGCUAAUGGGCCAGGAGGACUCAAGGUUAACGCGACCCGCGCCGAUCUUACCAUGGUCAAUACGGCUGACAAGGACUUUAAGUCGCAGGCGCUGUAUUACCAGAGUAGUGAGGCCCAUGGCGGCGAAGAUGUCGGUAUUUACGCGGACGGGCCUGGGGCCUACCUGAUGCAUGGUGUGGUGGAGCAGAACUACAUAUUCCACGUGAUGGACCACGCCCUCUGUCUGAGUGACAGCAAACAGGGCACGUGUACCAGGCACGUGACGAGAGGCGGGGCCCCCAAAACCACACCACGCCCACCCCGAGGUGCCGCUUCCUCGCUAGUGCCAGGCCUCUGGAUGAUGAUUUUGCUCUCAGUCAUGGCUAGAUUUGGAAACUAAACUGAAAUUACAAGGAGCCGAACGAUUUUGAAUAAAGUUUUUGUCUGUG